AAUAGUGAAAUCAUACACUUUCAAUAUGGACAGAUUACAUUAAUCCACAUAUCGCCUCCGCUACCACUAAACAUUUCCCCUUAAUUUUAAAUAUCAUAUUUAUUCAACUAUUUGAAUUUCAAUAUUUUUUUUUAUAAAGUUCGCUUGGACAUAAAAGUGUAAUUUAAAUGAUCUGACCAGAGCUGUAAAAAGAAAAAACUCAAACCUGAAGAGACUUUGGUGAAUAAAUAGAGAGAGAAAAGGGCUGAUUUUGAUCUGCAGAGAAAAGGAAUGGCAACAUUUGGAGGGACAACACAGAAGUGUAAGGCUUGUGAGAAAACAGUGUACUUGGUGGAUCAGCUUACUGCUGACAAUAAGGUCUAUCAUAAAGCUUGUUUCAGAUGCCACCAUUGCAAGGGUACUCUCAAGCUGAGUAAUUAUAACUCCUUCGAAGGAGUAUUGUACUGUCGGCCUCACUUCGAUCAACUAUUCAAAAUGACAGGAAGCCUGGAUAAGAGUUUUGAAGGGGCUCCAAAAAUAGUCAGGGAACGAUCCGCUGAUCAGGGACAAUCAAACAGCAAGGUUUCGAGUUUGUUUGGCGGAACUCAAGAUAAAUGUGUUGCUUGCAAGAAAACUGUCUACCCCCUGGAAAAGGUAGCAGUGGAUGGAACUUCAUACCACAGGGCUUGUUUCAAAUGUAGCCAUGGGGGAUGUGUGAUCAGUCCAUCAAACUAUGUAGCUCAUGAACAUAAGCUAUACUGUAGGCACCAUCACACUCAACUCUUCAAGGAGAGAGGUAACUUCAGCCAAAUGGAAGACCAUGACAAAAUUAAAGGGGUGAGUGAGAACACAAAAGCAUAGAGUCUUGCCUUGAACAUUUCCAUGUUGACUUGAGUUUGAAAUAUAAAGGGUAAUCGGCUUUCAGUUGAGAGCUGGACCAGUUUGUUGUACUGGUUAACACAUACAUCAAGAGUUAUCAGUCACCUAUGUCUAUAUAUGGCAUAUCUUCAUAGAGGAAUUCCGUUCGUGUUGCUUUUUAGUUCCGUGGAUGUGUGCUUUAAUUAUAAUACAAUUUACUUUUUACUAAACGCGUGUACAAUGUAAUAGCUCAUGUGGUUGUUUGAAAAUUUUCAUGGCAUUUUAUGAGAGUCUACUCCCCCUAGUUGAUGAAUUGA